AUGUCAAAUUUAUUAGUAGAAGAAAAUUCUUAUCCAUUACAUGAAAUCUAUUCAUUUGAUGUUGAACGUUACUACGAGUUAUUAAAUUUGCUUGUAGAAAUAAACUGUAUUGGCGGACGACAGUAUAGAGGAAGAUUAUAUACAGUUGAUCCAGUAACACAAUGUUUAGUUUUAUUUGAAAUUGAUGACAAUAACAACAGCGCUCAUGUUCACAUUAUUAUGCACCCUGAUAUUAUUGAAUUAAUUAUUAUAGAUGAUACUCCCAUUUCCUCAGCGAUAUACGAUCUUUAUUUAAAAUCAAAGAAGACGAAUGCUAUCACCGAUCAAGUAACAUCUUUGAAUACUAUCAAUGCUGACGCAAUUUCUGAACGUUUAAAUAAAGUUCGAACAUAUUUAACAUCAAAACGCAUACCAUUUCAAGAAAAAACUGAAAAUCAACUUAUCUCACUUGUAAUUCAUAAUGUUGUCAAUAUUUUACCACCCUAUACAUCAGAAAGCGUGAUUGGAACAAAUGAAAUUGUACUUAGUAGAAUUAAAAAUAUAAUUAAACAAAUUGUAUAA